AAAAUCAAUACACGUUAUCAAUGCUAUACAGGGAGCUUGGGCUUUCUUAGGAAUCUGGAUGGAUGCUUCCUCUGAAUUCUCUUUCAGAAUUAAGAAUAAAAAUGACAUAUACGUAACCCUAUCAGACAUUGGAGGGGUCAUUAUGAGCGUCCUCACAGGAAUUUUUAUGGGUCCUUUCAAGAUUGAGGCUCUUUUCGAAAUCAUAAGCUCCCUAGAUCAGGUGAACAAACUGUUGAACGAGGGUUGGUCAACAUUGAAAUGGGACAAGUACCACUCUCUCUUUUUCAUAUGUACAGUAUACACAGUGUCCACUUUUAUACUCAUCCUGGACUUAUAUUCUUGGAGCGAAAGGACUGAAACUAAUCAACUCUCUAUUACAUAUGUGAAAAACUAUUUAUCUUUCUACAUUUUCUAUUUCGUUCUGAUUUCUCAACAAUUGGCUUACAACAACUUGUCUUUGCAUGUUAAAAGGAGAGUUAUGUCCCUGAACAUGAUACUCGCUGAAGAGAUCAUGAGAAAAACAGAAAAAAACGAUGGAGAUUUCAUAUUUUGGAUUAAAAUGGAAAGUAGAGAACCCACAGAAAGAUUUCUACAGAAAAACGAGGCGAUGAAGUUAUAUUCCAAAGGAACCAAUGGUAAAAUUCUUGUGUUUCCUGCAGCAUUGGAGCAAGUAGAACAUUGUGUCAGAGCUAUCAACAACUUUUUCGACUAUCCCUUAAUGAUUAUUCUCAUUACAUGUUUCAUCCACAUAAUCAUUACAAUUUGGGGAAUACUCGUGAGUUACUAUACCAGGUGGCUCUUUCUGAUCAUGAAUAUAGUUUGGAUUGUUAUCCAAACUGCCAGAUUGCUUUUCGUCGUAGAACCCAUUCAUAGUUGCCUUUUCGAGAUGUCAAAAACCAAACCUCUCGUUGCCAAAUUAAUAACACAGGCAGAUAAAGGAGACACACGCAGUCGACUCGAUGUUAUAGUUCAAAAGGUUAAAAUAUCCAAUAUGAAGUUCACAGCAGCUGGUAUAGUUAGCGUGACAAGACCAAUGAUUUGCACAAUUGCUGGUGCUGUCACUACUUAUUUGGUGAUACUGUAUCAACUUCACAGUAUGAAGAGAGUUAAUUGA